AUGAACAACGAAACCACCCUGAUAUCCUUGAAGGAGGCCAUAAAAAGAGUAGAUCACAAACUCCAAUUUUUAGAAGCACAGUUUAAAGAACUGGACUUCACCAAGAAUAAUUUGACACAGAAAUUUGAACAUCAUAGCAAAACAUUAGCAAGCCAGGCAGCCCAAGAUGAGCUGUGGACAGCAGUCCUGGCACUCAAGUUCACUUCAGUGGAAUUGAAUAUUUUAUACAGCUACGUUAUUGAAGUACUCAUCUGCUUGCACACUCAUGUACUUGAGAAGUUGCCAGACUUGGUGAGAGGUCUUCCCACCUUAGCCUCUGUCCUUAGACGAAAAGUUAAGAACAAACGCAUUAGGGUUGUGUGGGAGUCUGUCCUGGAGGAGUGUGGGCUGCAAGAAGGAGACAUCACAGCACUUUGUACCUUCUUUAUUGCACAUGGUUACAAGGCAGAACACUACAGUGCUAGAGUGAGGCAGAUGUACAUCAGGGAUGUCACUUUCAUGAUUACCAACAUGGUAAAGAACCAGGCUCUACAGGAUGGUUUGCUAAAAGCUGUUCAGGUCAUUGAGAAGGGGAAAGCAGUGACAGCCCCUGAAGAGCAAAGGUCAUGCCUAAAAGAGUUGAUACCAUUAGUCAAAAACUAA